AUGAGUAGUCAACCGCUCGGAAUGCUCUACUUGGUCGUCUCUCUCAUCUUGGUUUUCUUUAGCGGCCAUGCUGAAGGCCUGGACUGUUACUCAUUCGUGACAGGAAACGAGAGUGCUCCACUUGACGUUUACGAAAAUGUUACUUGCCCUGUAAAUGUGGAGUUCUGCAUGACUCUUAAUGGCAGUCUGGCUCUCCCUGGCUACCGCUUCCAUGGCAUCACCGGUAACUGCGAGGCAAUGGGUGAGCCAGCAGCUACGCUGAAGAAAUUCUUUGACUUCACAUGCUGGAGAGAAGGCUGUGAGAUGUUGCCGCUGUUCGCACUGACUCGCUGCUGUUGCAAGUCUAAUUACUGCAAUACAGAGCAAAAUAUCAAAGACAUCAGAGAUGUGGAUUCUGGUGCUGGCACCGUCGCAGCGCUUUUUAUACCUAUCGUAGUUGCCUCUGCGAUCAAAAUUAUGAACUGA